AAUUAGUUUUAUUGAAUUCUCAUUCAAAGAGUGACGAGUUCAGAGAUAGAUUUAAUCAAAACAUGGAUAGAAAAUUUUCGCUUGAAAGUAAAAUUAAUAAAAGAAAUACGAAUUCAAGUGGAAUUGAUGUGAAAAGCUUGGCACAUUACAUAAUUAAUCCUAAAGAUUUACGAGAAGAUUAUCCAACAUGGCAUUACUUUUAUCUUUGCACAUUGAUA